AUGUUUGCAACUAUGUUGGAAAGUGAUGAUGCGGAUAGUGAUAAUGAGAUUCAUCGCUUAUUUGCCGUAUUUUGUUCAAUUACGCAUAAAUUUUUUAUAAAAAUGGUUGCGCAUCGAUGUAUAGUUCCGAGCUGUCGAUCAGGGUACGACUCAACCCUCUUAAAGGGAGUGAAAAAAGUGUUUUUCUCUGUGCCAAAAAGUGAGGUUGAGGUUGAACGUUGGCAGAAAGCAAUUAAACGUGACAAAAAGGAUUUUGUUGUAAAACCUGAUCAUGUAGUGUGUGAAGGUCACUUUUUAAAAGAUCAAAUUAUUUGGAAAAAGGAAGUUUUAGCUCCUGAUGGAUCAGUUAUGGCAGUAAGUAUUAAGAUUUGUUUACACCGAUGUCCUUUAACCUAAAAUA